AUGGCGACCAAAAGAAAAGUAGACAGUCAAGUCCCGGCGGAAGAAAGCGACCGUCUUAUUAUUAGGCCGCUUGGAGCCGGACAAGAAGUUGGCCGAUCAUGUAUUAUGCUAGAGUUUAAAGGGAAAAAAAUUAUGCUUGACUGUGGAAUUCAUCCAGGUUUAAGUGGUAUGGAUGCACUGCCAUAUUUUGAUUUGAUAGAACCAGAUGAGAUUGAUUUGUUACUUAUCAGUCAUUUUCACUUGGAUCAUUGUGGCGCCUUGCCAUGGUUUCUUCAGAAGACUAAUUUCCAAGGGCGUGUCUUUAUGACUCAUGCUACAAAAGCCAUCUAUAGGUGGCUGUUGUCUGAUUACGUCAAAGUUAGUAACAUCUCAACGGAGCAGAUGCUGUACACUGAUAACGACUUGGAAAACAGUAUGGACCGUAUUGAAACCAUAGACUUUCAUGUAGAAACUGAAGUACUUGGAGUCAAGUUUUGGUGUUACAAUGCAGGCCAUGUGUUAGGUGCUGCAAUGUUCAUGAUUGAAAUUGCUGGCGUCAAGUUACUAUACACAGGAGAUUUUAGUCGUCAAGAAGACAGACAUCUAAUGGCAGCUGAAUUGCCAUCAGUUAGACCUGAUGUACUCAUCAUCGAAUCCACCUAUGGUACACAUAUACAUGAGAAAAGGGAAGAACGAGAAGCUCGUUUCACUGGUACAGUCCAUGAUAUAGUCAACAGAGGAGGUAGAUGUCUAAUUCCAGUCUUUGCAUUGGGAAGAGCACAAGAGUUGCUGCUUAUAUUAGAUGAAUAUUGGGCUAAUCACCCUGAAUUACAUGAUAUACCGAUAUACUAUGCGUCAUCGUUAGCUAAGAAAUGUAUGUCAGUUUAUCAGACAUACAUUAAUGCCAUGAAUGACAAGAUAAAAAGACAGAUUACUAUCAGUAAUCCAUUUGUAUUCAAACACAUUUCCAACCUGCGUGGUAUGGAUCAUUUUGAUGACAUUGGACCGUCUGUUGUGAUGGCCAGCCCUGGUAUGAUGCAGAGUGGACUGUCCCGUGAACUCUUUGAGAGCUGGUGUACUGAUAGAAGAAAUGGUGUAAUUAUUGCUGGCUACUGUGUGGAAGGAACACUUGCUAAGCAUAUCUUAUCUCAGCCAGAGGAAGUGACCACAAUGUCUGGACAGAAAUUACCACUUAAGAUGUCUGUAGAUUAUAUAUCAUUUUCAGCUCAUGCAGAUUACCAACAAAUCAGUGAUUUUAUACGUAAACUGAUACCACCACAUGUUAUUUUAGUGCAUGGUGAACAGAAUGAAAUGGGACGUUUGAAAGCCGCUGUGGUUCGUGAUUAUGAAGACAGUGAUAUUGACUUGCAGGUGCACAACCCUAAGAACACACAGGCUGUGGAGCUCUAUUUUAGAGGAGAGAAAAUGGCUAAGGUGAUGGGUAGUUUGGCAUCUAAGAAACCUGAACAUGGUCACAAAGUAUCUGGAAUAUUAGUCAAAAGAAACUUCAACUAUCAUAUAAUAGCACCAUCAGAUCUUGGAAGUUACACUGACUUAGCUGUGAGUACGGUGACGCAGCGUCAGAGUAUCGCUUACAACGCUCCACUAUCGUUGUUAACAUACUACCUCACUCAGCUGUCUGGUGAUAUUGAACACACGGAAGUCCAUGACAAACCGGCAUUGAGAGUAUUCAAACAUGUCAUAGUCAUACACGAGGCAGCACUUGGCAUGGUGACAAUGGAGUGGGUUGCUAAUGCCGUAAAUGAUAUGUAUGCAGACGCUGUCUUAUCAGUAAUUCUCAAAGUAGGAUCAGACCCACAGGCACAGAAAGUUAAACCAGCUCAGCCAAUCAAUGAUGUUUUAUAUGCGGAGAGAUUGACCAAAUUACUGAAGGACAUGUUUGGUGAGCAAUCCAUCCGCAGGAAUGUAUUAGGAAAUGAAAUCAUGGUAACUGUGGAUAACAAAACUGCUAGGGUACAUGUAAAUACUUUGGACGUGAAGUGUGAAGAGGAUGAGAGUCUAUUUCAAAUGGUUUCAUCAGCUGUACUCGGCUACACAAGCUCUCCAUACUCCCUAGUUUCAUCGGCUGUUACCUGGCUACACCAGCUCUCCAUACUCCCUAGUUUCAUCGGCUGUUACCCGACUACACAAGCUCUCCAUACUUCAUAGUUUCUCCAGCUAAACCCGGCUGAACCAAGCUCUUUGUAGUUUCAUCAGUUGUUACCCGGCUACACCAAGCUCUCCAUACUCCAUAGUUUCUCCAGCUAAACCCGGCUGAACCAAGCUCUUUGUAGUUUCAUCAGUUGUUACCCGACUACACCAAGCUCUCCAUACUCCAUAGUUUCUCCAGCUAAACCCGGCUGAACCAAGCUCUUCGUAAUUUCAUCAGCUGUUAGCCGACUACACCAAGCUCUCCAUACUACAUAGUUUCUCUAGCUGAACCAAGCUCUUCGUAGUUUCAUCAGCUGUUAGCCGACUACACCAAGCUCUCCAUACUACAUAGUUUCUCCAGCUGAACCAAGCUCUUCGUAGUUUCAUCAGCUGUUACCCGACUACACCAAGCUCUUCAUACAACAUAGUUUCAUCAGCUAAAUCCGAUUAAACCUAGCUCAUCAUAGUUUCAUCAGCUGUUACUCGGCUACACCAGCUCUCCAUAUUCCAGUCUUAUCAGCUGUUACCUGGCUACACGAAGCUCUCCAUACUCUGUAAUUUCAUCAGCUGUUACUCGGCUACACCAAGCUCUCCAUACUCCAUAGUUUCAUCAGCUGCUACCCGACUACACAAAGCUCUCCAUAUUCCAGUCUUAUCAGCUGUUACCCGACUACACCAAGCUCUCCAUACUCAAUAGUUUCAUCAGUUGUUACCCGACUACACCAAGCUCUCCAUACUCCAUAGUUUCAUCAGCUGUUACCUGGCUACACCAAGCUCUCCAUACUUUGUUGAGAGCCUUUUGUUAUACCUACAGUUUUUGUAUCAACUCACCAUGAGUUGUCUUUGGACAAACCAUGGUUUUUGAAUCAAUGCCUCGUUCGUUCGUCUUUUAACUAGUCAUCUCAUCUAAGCUGUUCAUUGAUACCCGAUAUGACAGCAAGUAGUAGACAAAGCUCAUUAUUGUAUUAGUUUUUUUAAAUCAUCAUACCAAGCCUUCAACUAUCAAAGAUAUGCUUUCAAAUUGGUAUUAUUCAGUUUAUGUAUGAAUGCACACCAGCAUGUUAGCAACCAUCACAUGGGACUCACCAUUCCAUUCAUUUGCAACUAUAAUGGCAGUGUGUGUGGAAUACUGAGAUGAAUAAUCUUUACUGCUUCCAAUAAGGAUAUAUUCACUGUCUGUAUAUAUUUAUUUUGUAUUUUUGAGUUGAAGACUGCCAUACACUAACACAAAUAAUAAAAAUUUGUUA